ACCAGCCCACCUCUCAGUCCAGCGGGUUAAAACAGCUGCGAGAGUCGCCAUCAUCCCAAAAAAGUAAUUCAAAAUGACAAUGAAACUGGCUUACUGGGAUAUUCGUGGGCUCGCCCAGCCUGCCCGUCUGCUGCUGGAGUACACUGGCUCCAAGUAUGAGAACAAGUUGUACGUCUGUGGCGAAGCUCCCGACUUUGACAAGAGCUGCUGGUUGGAUGAAAAAAGUAAACUUGGAAUUGACUUUCCCAACCUGCCUUACUUGGAGGAUGGAGACAGGAAGAUCGUGCAGAGCAAUGCCAUCAUGAGAUACAUUGCUCGUAAGCACAAUUUGUGUGGAGAGACCGAGGAUGAGAAAGUCCGUGUGGACUUCUUGGAGAACCAGGCGAUGGACUUCAGAAUCGGCUUUGCGAUGAUGUGCUACGGUGACUAUGACAACCUGAAGCCGGGGUACCUCCAGAAGCUGCCAGGCAUCCUGAAGCAGUUCUCCAAUUACUUGGGGGACAGGAAGUGGUUUGCGGGUGAAAAGAUCACUUUUGUGGACUUCAUCAUGUACGAGCUGUUGGAUCACCAAAGGAUGUUUCAUGCCACGUGCCUGGAUGACUUCAAGAACCUCAAAGAUUUUUUAGACCAUUUUGAGGCUCUUGAGAAGAUUGCUGCGUACCUGAAGUCAGACCGAUUCAAGAAGACUCCCAUCAACAACAAGAUGGCCAAUUGGGGAAACGAGAGAGAGUAGAAGACAAUGAGAAAUGACAAUUUUCACAAAUGCAACUAACUGUAAUGAAAAAAUAAAGAGAGAAGAUUGUU